AUGGAUUUGUUCAAAAGUAUAAGCAACCAAUUUUGGUUAACAAAAAUAUGGUUGCCCCCAAAUACAACUUGGGUAGAUAUUGCACCUGAAUUAAGAACCGAUAUAAGAUAUACUGACUAUAGAGAUUUGAUAUGGCCAUUGCCAUUAGCAAUUAUAAUGCUUUUCUUAAAGCAUGUCAUAGAAAAAAAUUGGAUAGCUCCAAUAGGUAAAUCUUUAAACCUUAAAUCCACGCGUCCAAAGAAACCAACUCCGAAUGAGAAACUGGAAAAAGUUUACCAAAAAAAAAACAGGUUAACGCAUGAAAUGGUUGCUGGCUUAGCAAAACAGAAUGAUAUGAAGGAGCGACAAAUUGAAAGAUGGUGGAGAUUAAGAAGAGCUCAAAAUAAACCAACAAUGUUAGAAAAAUUCUGUGAGAAUUCUUGGAGAUGUUUAUAUUAUUUAAUCAGCUUUACAUAUGGUAUCAUUAUCCUAUUGGAUAAGCCAUGGUUUUGGGAUAUAAGAUAUUGUUGGUAUGAAUAUCCACAUCAGUCGAUCUCAAAUGAUGUUUGGUGGUAUUAUAUGAUCUCAAUGUCAUUUUAUUGGGCCUUAACUUUUUCACAAUUUUCUGAUGUUAAAAGAAAAGAUUUUUGGCAAAUGUUUGUCCAUCAUGCAGUUACAUUACUUUUAAUGGCUUUAAGCUGGGUUUGUAAUUUGCAUCGUGUGGGCUCGUUGGUGCUAGUUAUUCAUAAUGGCGCAGAUAUAAAUUUGAAAGUAGCUAAAAUAAUGAAAUAUGUAAACAUCGAGAAACAUGCAAAACAAAUUUAUUUGCAAAAUUUAGCGUAUUCCAAGAAUUGAUUUUCAUCCAAGAAUUAUUUAUCAGUUGACCUACCAAGAAUUUUAGCAAUGUUCCCAUAUCACAUACUUAUAUUUAAUAGUUUAUUAAUAAUGUUACUUUUGUUAUAUAUACAUAGCGCAUAUACAUAUCUAACAUUACGAAUUGGAUACAAUGUAUUAAAAGUUGGUCAAAUGGAAAAAUAUAUAAAUUAA